AUGGAGCCUAGCCAAUCUGAAGAAGUAGCCCAUCGUGCUACAAGGUCGACCGUCUUUACCAGGCUGUUGUUUAUUGGCGCCGUCGUUUCCCUACUACCCAAGAUCCUGGCUUUGUUCAUCCUGCGCAAACUUUUGGGGCCUCGCUCAGACGUUCCGGGGGAUCUGCAACGAUCGAUUGUUCGCGGAGCCACUACCCUGCCGUUGCGCCUUUUGCAUGGCCGCCGCCCACCGUUUGAUGUCGAGUCUGUGCUGGCGGCGCCCCGUUUCAGGAACUACGACCGCCAGCUCUGCACCAAGGUCUCGACUGGGCUGGGAUCGGCCUACUGGGUUUGCAAGGGACGCCCGCGCGGCUCGUCACAGCCGCCGCGGAAGCAGCAUCCAGACCCGCGCGAGAGCGACCUCGUGCUCUUCUACCUGCAUGGCGGCGCCUAUGUGUAUGGCGAACCUUUGGGCUCGACGCUGCUUCUGCUGAGGGCCGCCGAGAUCGCGGCCGCGCGCGGCGUCAAUGUCAGCAUCUUCACCGUCGGCUACACGCUGGCGCCAACAGGCACGUUUCCCCUGCAGCAGCGACAAGCGGUGGCGGCGUACCGGUAUCUGCUAGAUGUCGAGCGCGUCUCGCCCGACCAGAUUGUCGUGAGCGGCGAAUCGGCGGGCGCGCACCUGGCCCUGACGUGCCUGAUGGGCAUUGCCCAGGCAAAGCUUCCGACACCGGCGGCCUCGCUCCUGCUCUUCCCUUGGAUCAGCCUGACGAACUCGUCGCCGUCCUUUGAGCGGAACAAGUACAAGGACGUGCUCACCAAGUCACUGCUGGACCGCUGUGCCGCAGAGGUGCUUGGUAAAGACGCAGGAGCAGGAGCAGGAGCAGGAACGGGCUCCAACAUCUACGAGGGCGUCAACUGGGACCAGUUGGAGCUUGUGGACCUGACGCGCCAGCCAACCAAGGACAAAGGCGCGACGCCCCUGGCUUGGAACCAGAUUCUUCCGUCCUUCACGUGGAUCAAUGUAGGCGAACACGACAUGUUCUUCGAUGACAUCCAGACGUUUAUUCGCCAGGCGGAAGCGGACGGAGCACGCGUUCAGCUGGAUAUGACGCAGAAGAAGCCGCACGGUUGGCACUCCGGCGACAGAUCCAAGGCGAACGAAUUCGUGCAAAUGGACCCAGACGAGGCAGUGCCGGAAGGGAUGCUUCCCGGCUGUGACAAUGUUGGCCAGGCCCUCCUUCGGGUCUGGGACGAGGCCGUGAGUAAAAGCAGCCGGGCCAGGCUGUGA